AUGUCUAAUUUUUAAUUACUUAAAGAGGUAUUAAACUUUGAAAGUGAAUACCUGCCUGAACUGAGUAGAUACGACCCAAAAGAAAUUAUCGGAAAGGGAGCUUUUGCAACGGUUAUCUCAGCUAUUGAUAAAGUUACAAGAAUAAAUGUCGCCAUUAAGAUAGUUGAAAAAUCUUUGUUUAAAUGCAAUAAAUAAGAAGAGACUAUACGUCAGGAAGCGAUCAUGCUGCAAUCCUUGUCUCAUUAGAAUAUAAUUAAGAUACUUGAUGUAUUGGAAUAUGCCUUAACCUAAGUUUUACGAAACCUAGCUAAGGUUUUACAUAGUUAUGAAUCGGAUAGAAGGUGUUACGUUAGAAGAUUACAUACCAAAAUUGCAGCGAAGUGAGGUGAUUACGAUAACAAAGGAGAUUUUGAAAGCUUUGAGCUAUUUACACAAGAACAACAUAGUGCACAGAGACAUCAAGCCGUAAAAUAUUUUGAUAGGAGACUCAGAAGGAGAAUUGGUUGUUACCUUGAUAGAUUUUGGCUUAUCAGCCUCAGUCAAUAGAGUUGAGGAUAGUUUGAUGAAUAAGAAUUGUGGAACCUUAUUGUAUUAGGCCCCUGAAGUUAUUAAAAAAGCAAAUUAUAAUAGAGUAACACUUAAAUUAUUAAAAUUUAGUCGGUUGACAUUUGGGCAUUGGGAAUUGUGGUUUAUAAUAUGUUAUACAAUGGACAACAUCCAUUUUAUUAAAAUGGAGAUAGUAAAACAACUUUUUUUGAAAAAAUUAAAAAUUUUUCACUGAACAUAUAAUUUAAUGAGGACUUAUACACUAAAAACUUUUUGGAGAGAACGAUUGCAUAUCUCCCAGAACAUCGUUUAACAGCUGAUCAAUGUCUGGAACAUCCUUGGAUUACAGGCAAGGGAGAUAUCUCAAUUCCAUUCACGUUGAAUGAAAUAAUAUAAUGUCAAGUCAAUAAAGAAUAGAAAAUAGCUAGGUGCAUCAAAAUGCUCGUGUUUUUGAAAUACCUGGUUGGGAUGUCAAAUGAUAUGCUUGGGAAGACGGAUGAAAUUAAUGAGGCUGGAUCACCUAAUGAUGUUAUUUCAAUAAUAGGAUCUGAAAGGUCGGGGUCUUCAAAUAGAUUUAGGAUUCGUCCAUUGAUACUUAAAUCUUAGACCAGAUUAAAUAAAUUAUGGUAUAACGAUAGCACUAGUAAUUCAUUUGCUGGAGAUACUAGCAGAAUUGGGACAGACAUGAUUCCAGAGAUAUUUCAAUAGGUGGACUCUCCAAAUUUUGGGAAAAAACAAUUAAGAAAAAGUAAUUCGAUGAAUCCGCAAGAAAUGAUGAAGAAAUUGAAAACGAACAAUGUUUCAAGGGAUCUUUGCAAGGUAUCUAUUUGAAUAUAGUUAUGAGGAAAUUCAAAUGAAGAAUAGAAGAUUAAUUUUGAAUUCGCCUGUCAAUAAUUAAAAGUUGGUAACCGAGCCAUAGAGUCAAAAAUAAAACGGGGAUAGUUUAAGUAAGUUCGCAGACUCUCCCUUGGCUUAGAGACUGCAACAUUUUCAGAGGUCCAAUUUCUCUAAAAAACCAUCAUAAUUGUGA